AGCAGAAUGCCCACAGACGACGCCCGCCUAGUUGGCGAGCCAGCUCCGGGAGCCUCUGGGGGUGGGCUCGAGCCCAGGAGGCGCGGCAGCAGCUCCAAUAAAACCUGGGGUCAGGGCUGGGAUCAGUUCGAAGCCUCGCCUCCCACCCCGGGGCUGUCCUCGUCUGGCCCCGCUUACUCGGCGCAGUCGCGGGGAUGUGGCAUGAGUCGUGGGCGUCCGCAAAGACACGUUCAGCACAAUGACGCAAUUCAUGACAAUAAGCGUGGCGACCACCAUGACGAAAAUGAGAUACCUAAGAAAUCCAGAAUGCAUGAUGUCACAGCAUUCUGGCUUCUCUGAUGUCACAACUUCCCCACUCCAACCACAGAAGAUGCCAUUAGUUCUCUGACCUCACAAACACACCUUUCGGCAACGGGUGGCUUAUGACCCCUAGCUGCUCCCUCUCGGCGACGCCAGUGGCCUCUCCCUUCCUUCUGCCCCUCUUACCAUCUGUGGCAGCAAUGAAGGGGACACCGAGCAGUAUGGACACCCUGCUGUGGGUCUACCACUUCCACAGUUCCACCGAGGUGGCCCUACAGUCUCCACUUCUGUCUUCCCUGGAACUCGCUAUGGCCGCAGCCCACGAAUAUCUGGAGCAGAUGUUCAGAGAUUUCAAGUCCCUAGAGCUGCAAGAACCUGAGAAGCCGCCCUCCCAACAGGCCACCCUAGGGCUGGUACUAAGAGAAGCUGCGGCCAGUAUCAUGAACUUCGGGGCAACCUUGUUAGAGAUCUCCGCCCUCUGGCUGCUGCAGGACAGCAGCGACAGCGGGCCCGGCCCAGCCACAGAUGCUGGAGAUCCAGGCGGAGCACUGGCCCGGAUAGCCCAAGCCGCCGGGCAGGGGACUCUGCAAGCUGGAGCUGCCGCGGGUGCGAGCGCCCGGCUCCUGCUCCAGGGGGCGUGGCUAUGCCUGUGUGGGCGGAGCCAGCAGGGGUCCUCCUUCCAACCUGCGCCACGCCAGGUGAGCCUGGGAAUCCCCCGGGGAACCCGAGCGCUCGGGUUAUGGGGGUAUUCAGGAGACGUCAAGGUGGCGUCCAACAGCAGUGACGGGAAACGAGACAAUCCAUCACUGUCCCAACCCCAACCCGAGUCCAAAUAAAGCCCAGGACGAGACGUGGCAGCCAGUGAGUCUCAGGGUCGUUUAGUUUACCCGGGCUGCCUGAGGCUCAGUCCGGCUACCCGCUCGGCUCCACCCUCCACAUUUGCCCCACCUUUGCUGGAGGGGGGCGGGUCCGCAGGGACGAAUUUGAGGUUACCUGCCCAGCAGUGGCACGCUUAGAGACGUCUCUGGGAUUUUCUGGGCAAUUAGGAACAAGAAGACGGUCUGCGCGAGCAGGACGUUGAUCGAGACGGUGCAUUUCUGGCCGCCGGCUGGAGGGAGCACCCGGUGUAAGUGGGCUCAGACCCGGGGAGCAAGGCAGAGCCUGGAGCUUCUCCUUACCCUGCGCCGGCAGGAAGUAGGCGAGCACCACCAGGCCAGAAAUGAGCACGCAGGGCACGAUAAUAUUAAUGACGUAAAAGAGAGGCUUCCGACGGAUGAUGAGUGUGUAGAUGACGUCAGUUUCCCCCGGGUGGUCAGCGGAGCCUCCACCGUAGCGACGAAUCACCCCGGGGCAGAAGUCGAUGGCCCACUCGCCAUUCUCUGCAGGGCGGGAGGUGCAGUCAGUCCACCUGUGGGGCUGAGCGCUCCUCCCUGCUCUCCAGCCACUCACCAAACUGCAGAAACUCCAGGCCCAAUAGGAAGGUAAACCUCUAGCUAGGGUAGGCUGCUUGGGCAACGGGCUGUUAGGAUGGAGGCAGUACGAGCAGAAAAUUGUAUUUCUGGUGAGGGCAUGGAAAAGACCACGAGUGAAGAAAAAAGGACUAGUGUGGCAAUGAGAAUGAGCUCAAAAAAGGGCAAGUUAG